AGGUUACAUAGCUUAUCCAUGUAUGUUAUUGUUCGAUUAAGAAAAAAAGCAUUGUGAUUAAGUCAGUCUUCUGGAUAAUUUAUAUGUGGUAUAAAAAUAGCUCAGUGACAGUUGUUUCCACAAAGUCACAUGGGGUGUAUUGAAGGGUGAACUUCUCCAAAGACAAGCAGCAUUAGCUAUAAUGUCUCUAGAUAUAUCUCUCUGACUAUUACUGUUAUAUAAUCAUGAGCAACUCUUUAAUGCACUGGCUUUUACUACCAACACGGCUAAGCUUAUGGACCCUCUCUUUGGUCUAUUACAUUGUGGUGUAUGGCACAGCUGGACUGACUGCUUGCUUGAUUUUGAUCCGGAUCGCCUGGACUGGAUUAAAGGAUCCAUAUGGAACUUUUCAAUGGACCGUCCGAAAGAAACCCCCAGCCUGUCUUCAAGACCCUGAGCUUGGUGACCAUGCAUUUCUGAAGGGCAGGAGCUCAGGUUUGAGGUUUCAUUAUGUGACUAAAGGAGACCACAAAAAGCCUCUAAUGCUGUUCCUUCAUGGAUUUCCAGAGAACUGUUGCAGGUACUCGUGGCGUCAUCAGCUCCUGGAGUUUAGCGGUGAUUUCCACACGGUGGCGCUCGACCUGCGCGGCUGCGGAGCUUCAGACGCGCCCGUCCGGCUGGAGGAUUAUUUACUGGAGGCACUCCUGUACGACAUUAGAGACACCGUCGACCAGCUGGGGCACACCAGCUGCAUUUUGGUGGGUCAUGACUGGGGUGGGAUGCUGGCAUGGCAUUUUGCCCUGGAGCGGCCAGACAUGGUGCAGCUCCUCAUAGUGAUGAACGCCCCUCAUCCCGCCUCAUGGCUGGGUAAGAAACUGUUUCGACCAGUCAUAAUUUCACUUCUGUUUUUCAACAUUGUUCUGCACUUGGUUCGAAGUCUAUUUUGUGGCAAGAAUGUGGGCAUCAGGAACAGAUCCAGAAGACUGACGGAGAGCCAGCUGGAGGGUUACCUGUACCCGCUGUCCCAGCCUGGAGGUCUCACAGCCCCGCUCAACUACUUCCGCUCUCUCCUAAGUAACACUCUUUACAAGCACCAGGACGUCGCUGUGCCCUGCAUGUUAAUUUGGGGUGAAGCAGACAACAUCCUGGUAGAGGGCAUGUCUGGAGGGACACGGCCUUAUGUGAGGGGUCCGGUCACCAUUCACACCAUUCCCGAAUGCAGCCACUGGGUUCAACAGGAUCAGCCUGAGAUAGUCAACAAACUCAUAUGGGACUUUGUUCUGGAUAAAGACGUCAUAAAACACUAUCGCUAAUCGCCUUCGGUUCAUCUGAAGCAAUGAAGAGUUAUUGGCUGUAACAAAGGUUUCUAUGCAGCUUUUCAUUGGUGUGAAUAAAGACUUGCCUUUAGUCAGGG